GUUUAUUUCUUGUGCGACACCACACUGCGAUGUAUUCUAUCACCCACGCCAAACAGCAUAACAUAAUAAGAAGCGUUUGCGAGUGUAUGCAAAUUGGAAAACUUUCCGUUACAUCCCGUAUAUAACCUAAAAUAAAAUUUUUUAAAAUUUUUACGCGUCGAUGAUUAAUUAUUUCUACAAAAUGGAAUCGGCGAUGUUCAAUUGUUUUAUGAUUUUUGACAGUUUAGUUGCUGGUACUAUGAGAACUAAGAUGGCGAUCAGUAGCGUCUUUGUGUUCGGAGGGGUAACAUGUUGAAAUUUUUCUCUGUUAUAGAGUUGAAUAAUUGUGAAUAGAAAAUAGUUUUAGUGAAAUUAUUGCGUUAAAAGGUGUUGUUGUGUGAAAAAUCGUGUAUUUUGUUGUGUUGAUUAAAAAAUUACGAGGAGUUAUGUUAUUUAUUAUUAAACUUAACCUCGCGAGUUUAAAGCACCUAAUCGUCGGCCAUUGUGAUUCUAACUAACGGUUACGACGUUGCCGUACUGCUUUAAGAUUAAUUCUACCACAAUAUUUUUCAUGAUACGUAUUCGGCAUGUCAGAUUGAUAACGAAAGGAAUAUAUCGAAUCGACCUGAACGUUAUACUUACCCUUUGAAACCUUUGGGAAAAUCAAAUGACGAGGAAACGAAAAUUUCGUCCGAAAAUUUUAACAAUAAUUACAGAUUUCAAACGAUGCAAGAUACAAUGAUGAACGUUUUUCCCAAAAAACAGACUGUCGAUCUGAGUUUCGAAAAUAUCACUUUCGUUUCGACGUCCUGGUCUAUAACUAAAUUUAAAAAAGAAUCGAAAAAAAUUCUUCACGGCGUCUCCGGGCAAUUUAAAGCUGGAGAAUUGUCGGUUAUUAUGGGACCUUCGGGUGCCGGAAAAAGUACUCUAUUAAAUGUUUUAGCAGGUUUUAUUACUAAAGGUAGUACCGGAACGGUGAAACUGAACGACGUCGUCCGCGAUAAUAGUCCGAGAUAUAGAAAGUUAUCGGCUUAUAUACCGCAGGACGAACAACUUAGAAUGGCUUUGACUGCUAAGGAGGCCAUGACCUUUGCCGUUCAUCUAAAGCUGGGUUAUCUCGUUUCCAACGAAUACAAACUUAAACAGGUAUCGAAAGUUUUGCAAAUGUUGGGUCUAGAUUUGUGCCAACACACGUUAACUUCCAGAUUAUCUGGAGGACAAAGGAAACGACUCGCCGUAGCUUUGGAAUUACUCAGUAAUCCUCCGAUUUUAUUUCUCGACGAACCAACCACUGGUUUGGAUAGUUUGUCUUGCACCCAAUGUGUGUCGCUUUUCAAAAAUCUCGCUCUAGAAGGAAGAACCGUCAUAGCGACAAUACAUCAACCUUCCGCGUUGCUUUUCGAAAUGUUCGACAAAGUAUACGCCCUAUCAGAAGGGAAGUGCAUAUACGAUGGUAGAUCGAACGAUUUGGUACCGUUUUUGGACAAAUUCAAUCUCCAUUGUCCGCCUUACCACAAUCCCGCCGAUUUUCUAAUCGAAGUAGCCAUUGAGGAACACGGUGCCGAUAUUAACAAACUUUCCGAAAUGGUCGAAUCCGAACACAAAAAUAUAUUUGAAAAUAACGAUUUUACAGAAACCGGAAAAUUGACGAAAUGCGAUUUAUUCGAAGAGAAAAAAAUCGGCAUAUACCCAGACGAUUCGAAAAUAGUACCGGCGGCGAUCGUUAUGCAAUUUUUACUGUUAUAUAAAAGGAACCUUCUCACCAUAAAACGAUGUUACGUACCGGCGUUGAACAGAAUUCUGGCCCACAUAAUAAUCGGUUUAAUAUUCGGUUAUUUAUAUAGGAGCGUCGGCAAAGGGGCCAACACAAUAUUAGCCAAUUACGUAUAUUUAUACGGCACUUUACUACUCACAGUUUAUACUGGAGAAAUGCCCGUUACUUUAUCAUUCCCCCUCGAAAUGAAAAUAUUAUCCAGGGAACAUUUCAACAGAUGGUAUAAAUUAACACCGUACCUGUUAUCUGUGAUAUUAGUAGAAAUACCUUUUCAAGUGAUAUGCACCUGGGUGUACGUAGGGAUAAGUUACUGGUUGACCGAACAACCCUUAGAUUUUAGGUUAAUACUGUUCGUUAUAUUCGUUACGGCGAGUUCUUUAUGCGCCCAAUCCAUGGGGUAUUUUAUUGGUUCGACUACUCCGGUCAAGGUAGCAGUAUUUACAGCACCAGUGAUAGCAUGUUUCUUAUCGGUUUUCGGUUUCUGUAUAAGAUCCUACGAUACGCCGUAUUUAUUCAAACCGGUAUUUUUUAUAAGUUAUUUCAGAGCCGCUUUUCAAAGUGUCGUUUAUACUAUGUACGGUUUAAACAGGAAUCAAUUGUAUUGUCCUUCCGAAGAGGAAUAUUGCCAUUACAAGGAUCCCGUUAAAUUUUUAUCGGAAAUGGAUAUGGUCGAUAUCGAUUUGGUUACGAACAUUAUCGUUAUCGUUGUCGUUUGGUCUUUCAUGCACGCCGGUACUUAUUUGACGUUGUGGUUGAGAUUGAAUAAAAGAUGAUGGGCGUUCCGGGAUGGUAUAUAUACCCAAUGUUGAACGACGUUUUUGUUUUGUUUUUUUUUUUAUUAAAGUAUUAUAAAAACUGUUUAACCAAAGAAAAAAAUCGAUUAUGGAAAAUUUUAUUUGGUGCGAUGUUUGGGUGAUUAAAAAAUUGUUUUCAGUGUAUUUUACUUUUCUAUCAUUAUGUUUUAUUACAUGAUAAUUAAAUUCGUCGCCAAAUAUUUCAAAGAACGACAACAGAUUUUUGUUUUUUGCUCGAAAAUAGGGAAAAUAGAAGAAGAAACGUUUAGAAUAAUUGUGACUUUUCGAGCAAAUUUCUGGAAGUAUUUUUGUUUGUAUUUAUUAAUGUUUUUUCGUAGUGUAACUUUGCUAGUCAUUUCUAACUAAUACGGUGGAGAUUUGUACUGGAAUAAUAAAUAUUUAACAAA